UGCGAAUGAAUUUAUUUUCAAUUCCAAAGGAGUUAGAUCGAUUAAUGGGUAUGGAGAAUCUGUUCCUUUUCAUUUCUUACCUGCUAAUUCUCACAAGUCAUCAGCAGCUACACUGUUCAGCAGCCACGCGCAAUUUGGAAUACCCAUUUCCGUUUAUGACAUUUGACGCUGAAAAGGCAGCUGCAAGAACAUAUGAUUACAUUGUGGUUGGAGGAGGUACAGCAGGGUGUCCUCUGGCUGCAACUCUGUCACAGAACUAUUCUGUUUUGCUGUUGGAAAGGGGAGACUCUCCCUACGGAAAUCCCGAUGUUGAAGACAAUAAAGGCUUCUUCAAGCUUUUCGGUAAUGCCAGCGAGUUCCCUUAUGUCGCUCAGGGAUUUGUCUCAGAAGAUGGAGUGCAGUUGGUAAGGGGAAGAGUUCUUGGAGGUGGAUCAGCCAUCAACGCUGGCUUCUACAGCAGGGCAAGCCUUGACUAUAUUAAGAAGAUGGAGUGGGAUGGGAAGCUUGUAAAUGAGUCCUAUGAAUGGGUAGAGAAGAUGAAUGCCUUCAAACCAAACAAGCUUUUUCGGUGGAGUUCUGCUGUGAAGGAUGCGCAAUUGGAAGCUGGAUUGCUUCCUUACAAUGGGUAUACUUUGGAACAUUUGGAGGGCACCAAGAUUGGGGCUUCAUCUUUUGACAACAAUGGAAGGAGACACACAGCUGCAGAUCUUCUCAAAUAUGCAAAUCCAGAUAAUAUUGUAGUUCUUCUCAAUGCUACAGCCAGUAGAUUACUCUCCAAUUCCUCAUCAGGAAAGGUGAAGGUUAUUGGUGUCGAGUUUAUCAAUAGUGUUGAUGGUCUCUCCCAUCAAGUAUUGCUCAAUGAAUUGUCAUAUUGGAGUGAGGUGAUUUUGUCAGCAGGAAGUAUAGGUAGUCCUCAACUUCUCCUCUUAAGUGGAAUUGGACCAUCACAACAACUUAGAGAAUUAAAUGUUACUGUACUUCUAGAUUUAAAUUCUGUAGGAAAAGGGAUUCAAGAUCCACCACGUACAACAAUUACCAUUGAAUCUCCUAAACCACUUGAAUUUGCUCAAUUACAAGUAGCAGGUAUAAUAGACAAUUCACAAGCCUACAUUGAGUCUGCUAGCUAUUUCUUACAAGAAAAUGUGACAACUUAUAAAUAUCUAGGAAUUAUUGCUGCCAAGGUAGCUUUUCCCUUAUCAAGGGGUGAGCUACAACUUAGAACAAAAAACCCUCAAGAUAGUCCCUUUGUAAGGUAUAACUACUAUUCCCAUCCCCAUGAUCUACAAGAGUGUAUCUUUGGUGUCAAGGUAAUGUUGAAUCUUAGCAAAACAACUUCUAUUCAAAACUUUGCACUUAAAGGUAGUGGAAACUCUAGUAUCCUUCAAUUCAUUGGGUCAGCAUUACCUCAGAAUCAAUCAAACAAUAAAGCCUUUGCCAAUUUUUGUAGAGAUACACUAGCAACAUUUUGGCAUUACCAUGGUGGGUGUCAAAUUGAUAUUGUGAUUGACAAAAGGCAUCGUGUAAAAGGUGUUGAUAAUCUAAGGGUUGUGGACAGUUCAAUUUUCAAGGACAGCCCUGGAACAAAUCCACAAGCCACUACCAUGAUGCUUGGAAGGUAUAUUGGAGUUCAUAUUCUUCAAGAGCGUCUAAACCACUGAAAAUAUUCAACCUU